GUGUGUUAGUCUUCUCUUUCAGUAUCUAGCUAGCUGUGUGGAAGCUAUGGCUGGUCUGUCAAGUGAGGCCGUGAUACCAGAGAGAAAAGAUGAUUUUGCUGCCGAAGUAACAGUAUGGCACCAGUUCAGAGCCUUGUUUCUGAAGAAUGCAACGCUCCAGUUUCGCUCUAUUGGGACCAACAUUUGCCAGCUGCUGACUCCAGUUAUAUUCAUCAUGUUUGCUGGACUGUUGCAGGUCAUUGUCAACUCUAUACUGGCCUCCAACAAUGUUGUGAUGCCAGGCACUAGUGCUGGAUUCUUCCCACCCAAUAACCCAGGGAGGCUAAUGGCUUGCAGCUAUGACAACACCUCCAAUGCCCCCCACAAUGCAGAGGAGUGUCGACACGAAAUAUUCAACUUCUUUCUCGAGUUUCCAGAUUGGAAGCAAUUUCUCGAACAGUUGGAGGAAAUCUCUAAAUUUAAGAACAUCUCUGAAGAGUUACAAGAAGGUCUACAGAACAUCAGUGAUGUGUCCUUUCUGCCCUGUCAGAAUGUCCUCUUUGAUUUGCCCCUCUACUAUAUUGGAAAGUCGGAGGGAGUAAAUCUUGAGCUUGGUAAUCUCACUGGAAGUACAGUGAAUGGUUCCUCUGCCACCAACAGAACUGGGUUUGUAGGCGGCAUGGCUCCAGACUCUUGGUUGUAUCAGUUCUCACUGGAUUUCAAGAUACAUGACAAGAACUACAUGGAAUUGGACAACAGUGACACUUGUCCUAUUAACGACGGCCCGUAUAUACAGCUGCCGAUGUUUGUAGAAACUGAAAACUUGACAACUCUCAACAAUCAACUGAUCGAUAUUGUACAAGAUUACAAUCUCCAUGCCAACAAGUCCUCAGCAGCCCAUGAUCAGUACCAGAGGAACUAUUACGUGACUCCUCUCUCCACUGACCAGUAUCGCACAGUCAUGGGCUAUAUUCAGAACAUACACAACCACUCAUUGGACAAGAUCAAACCACAAGCUGGUAUAUUCGUCGACGACUUUCAGAGCAUGGAGUCAGAGGUUAAACUGGGCUACACAAUAGUAGCUGAUGACCUCGUCCUGUACUCGUAUGAACUGCCCAAACACUCGUCAGUGAGCGGCUUCAAGAGCAAGAUUGAUGUGGCUAUAAACAGAAGGAAUGGGAUUAUCAACAUGAUGAGCAACGCACUCUUCAAGCAGCUACUGGGUAAUCGGUCGUCUCCGGGGAACAAUGUUACCAUAGCAACCUACAUCAUGCCCCUCCCCUCUCAACCCAUGCCCAUUACCAUUGACAUCACCACCAUCCUGGGAGGACUACUCUAUCCAUUCGCUCUCUCCUUCCUUAUUCCUGUCUUCAUGGCGUCGUUGGUCAAGGACAAGUUUGAGAAGCACUUGAUCAUGAUGGAACAGAAUGGUUUGGGGAGGCUUACCUACUGGACCGUCACCUACCUCUUCAACUACAUGCUCUAUAUACCUAUCGCCGUGGAGAUUGUCAUCAUAUCAUUGGCAUUCCAGAUACGAUUGUUCACACAGACGGACGGGGUGAUCCUCCUGCUCAUGCUGUUCAUAUGGGGACAUACGGUGGUCGUGCUUGGGUUUUUUUUCAGUACCUUCUUCAACCGACCUCGUGCGGCCAUCUUUGUGGGUUACCUCCUAGUGGUGGCUAGUGUGGUCAUUGGUGCUCUACUGGAAACACUGCAGGUGUUUCCAACAGACGUGACGCCAUUCUUCUUGUACAUGAUGUACCCGAUCUUUGCCUUCUGUCGGCUCUUCCAAUACCUCAACACAGGCUGUCUGGCCAUGCAGUGUUACAGCAUUGACAUUCUAGCCCCGCAGGAUGGUGGUCUUAGCCUGAUUGCCACGGCGCUGGUGUACCUAGCAGGGUCGACAAUAUUGCUCAUGAUUCUCAGUGUCUACUUGUCCUUUGUACUGCCCAGUUCCUAUGGUGUCCGCAAAUCUCCGUUCUUCCCAAUAAUAGCUGUGUAUAGAUGGAUCAAGAGUUUGUGUGCCAAGUGUGGGCUAUUGAGCUGUAAGAAGAACGCCCACGAUUUACGAGCAACGUCUGAGGUCAGUGUGGACCUAGAGGAAGUGGACGAAGACGUACAAGCCGAAGAGGACACACUGCGGAGGGGAUUCCCCGCUGAUGCCCCUGUUGUUAUGUACCAGUUGCGUAAGGAGUACCCGAGUUCCAUUGGUAAGCGCCCCUACGUGGCUGUACACUCUGUCUCACUGGCUAUACAGAGGAACGAAUGCUUCGGUCUACUAGGUCCAAACGGAGCUGGAAAGACGACCCUAAUCUCAGUGCUGACUGGACUCUAUGAACCCACUAGUGGUCAAGCUCGUAUUGCAGGCUACAAUAUAGCGACUGACAUUAAUGAGAUCCACGGUCAUAUGGGGGUGUGUCCACAGUUUGAUAUCCAGCACGAUAGUCUGACUGCUGAGGAGCACCUCCUGUUUUACGCCAGGCUCAAGGGGGUUAAACGCAGUCGCGAGGCGGUCGUGGUGGAGAGAGCACUGAGGCAGGUUAAUUUGUGGGAUGCACGGAAGAGGAAGUCGUGUAAACUCUCUGGAGGUAUGCGUAGACGUCUCUCUGUAGCCAUGGCAACAGUGGGUAACCCGGACAUCCUGAUAUUGGACGAGCCAACGACCGGACUUGACCCAGCCUCACGUCGUCAAGUGUGGGAGGUCAUCGAGACUAUCAAGGAGGGGCGCUCUGUGAUUCUAACGACCCAUGCUAUGGAGGAGGCGGACCACUUGUGUACGCGUAUUGGGAUCAUGAACUUUGGACGUCUUCGUUGCCUAGGCUCUGAGUCUCGCCUCAAGAAAAAGUUUGGAACUGGAUAUCAGCUGACGUUCAACUGUGCCCCGGGGCGUGUGGGAGAAGUGGAGGGUUACAUAGCGACACACAUACCACGAGCACUCCAUCUGGAGACCUAUGCUGACUCAUGCAGCUACAAGCUUGACAAAGGAGCGCUGAAAGUGAGUGAGGUGUUCCAACUGUUGGACUCUGUUAAGACCCAGGUGGGGAUUCUGGACUGGGGCAUCAAGAUGACCACACUGGAAGAUGUGUUUCUCAAUAUUGUCAAGAAUACUGAAGAUGAUCGAAUUACACCUCCCGGACUACACAUGCCAAAGUGGUUGCCAUGCCAACAAUGCCGUCGUAAAGCUGGCUCAGAUACUGAAUAAAUGUUUGACUCGUAUUUUUACACUAAUUAUUUUUAGAGAACAAUAAUAGUUUUCUGUGUGCUAUAUAUAUACGUACAUGUGUGUUUAUUUAAAUAUAAUUAUAUUACUGUGAUUUCAACUCAUCAAA